AUGGUUACCGCUUUUUGCACCGGCGUAAAUGUCUCGCUGUGGGCACGCAACUCUGCUGCUGAGGAGGACGUUUAUGCUGAAGUUUUUAGAAGGGAGGUGAAAAUGAGCGAAUUUGAUACUGUCCUGGAGGAAGUGAUGCAGAAGGAAAAAAGUAUUGUCGCUCUUCUGACUCAGUUCGGCGAUACGUACUUGAGGGCUGUGCUGCCGUUAUUGCGUCGUUUUGAUCUCGUUGCUUUUGCCCCGCUCACAGCGCCGAGUGCGGUGCGUGGGUGGAACCCCAACGUGUACUUUUUGCGUGUUGAUCCCGUGGCGGAGCUGCUGGCACUUGUCCGUUACGCCGUGACUGAGCUGCGUGUGCUUCGGCUAGGCUUCAUGUACGUGCGGGGCGUCUUUUUUGGCCACAGGGAGUGCGAGCAGGCAUAG